CCUAGAGAGAGUUGGGACGCGGUGGGAUGCCCUAGUUUUCACACGUGAAGGUGGUUUCGAAGUUUGUCCUAGAAUAAUAAUGAGUGCUGAAAUAUGGCUCAGAAGCUGCAUAGCUGUAGUGAACUGUACGAAUAUAUGGAGACUCGAGGAAUUGAUGCAGAGAACAUUAAAAAAUGAGGGAUGAAAAGUAAAGUAAAGAAGCUAACAGUGGAUGAGUUCAAGUCAAUCUACCAGUACUGUUUUUCAGAAGAAGGGUCAAACAACAGAGCUAAGGAAGACAGUACCAUCUACAGUUUUGAGUUGUUUUUGCAAGAUUUGGAGGAAAAUGAAGCUGGUGGAUUGUUACUUAAAGAUAUACUUAUCUUUAUUACUGGGUGUGAAUACAUUCCACCACUAGGUUUUGUUCAGCCAAUCAGAAUUUUGUUUUACAGUUCCGAGGGAAAUACCAUGCGUCGCCCAUGGUCAUCUACCUGUGCACUAACAUUGAGCCUUCCCGGGGGUAUUGAUGAACCAUCCUAUUUCAAAAGCCUCAUGACAGAAUCACUGACAGAUUGCCACGGGUUUGGUAAUGUUUAAGUAAACAAGGAGUUAGAGUUAUCAUGUUGUUAUUUUGGUGUUGACCUGGUGUUACAGUUUUGAUUGGAGUUCAAAAAGUUGAAAUCGAAAGCAAUUACAUUAUUGUUAAUCACUGUAAGAUGAUAUUACUCAGUGAAAUUUUAAAUUAUGAACACAAAUUGUUGUUAUUGUUGGUGUUGACCAGAUGUUAGUUUUGAUUGGAAUUCAAAAAAUUGAAAUCAAAAGCAAUGACAGUAUUGUUAAUCACUGUAAGAUGAUUUCACUCAGUGAAACUUAAUUAUGAACUCAAAUUGUAAGUAUGUUAGUACAGUAUUUCAAUAUACAAUAGUUGAUAUUGAGAAAAAGUUUUGUUUACUAAUACUAACAUUAUAUACACUUUGGA